AUUCUCCGAGGAUUUCCUUGAACUAGAGGGUGGAAGAGGGUUUUUAAUUCGUGUCCCCACGAGUUUGCGCAUCUCGCGUCGACUCGCAAGCGCGGAACUCCUUCCAGAAUACGAAAGUUCGUAGUCCAAGGAUCAUCAGUACAGAUUCACCCUCCGCAGGAUCUCCGUGAUAAUAUCUCAUAAAACCAACAAGUUGACAGGAAUAAUCCACCUUGAGAAAAAGUGUGAGCGACAUUUGGAAAACCAAGAUAAAUUCUAAGAAAUCCAGAUUGAGUUAAUCCAGGAUCCAAAUCGAAGACGAAUCGCUCGGCGGAUUCAUUCGGGGGGCUUUGACGAGGAUUUAAUCACAUCGACGAUGAUGCUGUUUUUGCUAUUGUUAAUCUUUCUCGUAGGCGUCCGCUCGAGCUGGUCUCGGCACGAUUCCUCGAUCGCUGAAAAUGUACCUGCAGGCGCGAUCCACGCGGUUCCUCUCGGCUCGGAGGCGACUCUCUAUUGGAAGGUGGAUUUAAUGAACGAGCUGAUAGUCGUGGAGAUUCAUUACGUCGGCAACGAGAGGAGCUGGUUUGCGAUCGGAUUUUCUGACUACGGAGAGCUGAAACCGGCCGAUUACUGUGUCCUAUGGCCCGACUGGCAUCAACAAAUUCAUCUUCAAGACUCAUGGGCGGAUAUCGACGGGAAAUUACACCUGGACAGCCAGCAGGACUGCAAGAAUUUCGCGUGGAAAAGACGCGGCAAUGUCACAAAGUUCACUUUCUCCCGGAAAUUCGACACCUGCGAUGAGCACGAUUAUAUCAUUGAGAGGGGUACCACGCAUCUCGUGUGGCUUCGUGGCCGCGGACCACUGUCUUCUUUAACCGGACUCAAAAUUUCGGACGCAAAAACGUCCGGCAUGUCCCGUACGGAAUUACGCAGGAUGUCUCAUAAGAAGCCCAAGUUUCCAGCGGACACUUGGCAACUUGAAUUACUUGCUCAUCGGGUCCUAGUGCCGAAGCAGGAAACCACCUAUUGGUGUCGCGUGCAUAAAUUACCGUCGGUGCUGAAACAAAAGCAUCACAUCUUACAAUUCGGUCCCGCCAUCCAAGCUGGUAACGAACAUCUCGUACAUCACAUGGAAAUCUUCCAUUGCGCCGGACCCGUAAAUGUGGAAGUGCCUAUGUACGAUGGUCCUUGCGACGGAGCUGACAGACCAGCAAAGACGCAGAUCUGUAAGAAGGUGAUGGCGGCAUGGGCGAUGGGUGCUGAUGCAUUCGUAUACCCGGAGGAAGCCGGUCUGUCCAUCGGCGGGGCCGAUUUCAAUCCAUACGUCAUGCUAGAGGUGCAUUAUAAUAAUCCCGAGCUACAUCAGGGCACAGUCGAUUCCUCCGGGAUCCGAUUUGUUCUUACCAAGUCGCUGAGAAAGUACGAUGCCGGUGUGAUCGAGCUCGGGCUCGAAUACACGGAUAAGAUGGCCAUACCCGCGGGACAGGAAGCCUUUACGCUAUCCGGUCAUUGCAUAACAGAAUGCACCGGGGUUGGAUUACCUCAAAGUGGCAUACGCAUUUUUGCCUCUCAGCUGCACACACAUUUGACGGGCACAAAAGUCAUCACCCGUCAUGUAAGGGACGGUGAGGAGCUACCGCCGUUGAACUAUGACAAUCAUUACUCCACUCAUUUUCAGGAGAUCAGACUCCUACCGAAACCGGUGACAAUUUUACCUGGAGAUUCUCUGAUAACUACAUGUACUUACAACACCGUGAAGAGAGAUAAUGUGACUCUCGGUGGUUUCGCGAUAUCCGAUGAGAUGUGCGUUAAUUACAUUCAUUAUUAUCCUAACGCGCUGUUAGAGGUGUGCAAAAGCGCUAUAAGCGACGACGCCCUACGGACGUAUUUCCGUUAUAUGCGAGAAUGGGAAAAUCAGGACACUAGCACGAACAAGGGCAUCUCAGCGAAUUACAAGAGCAUCGAGUGGACCAAGGUCCGCGUGGAAGCUCUUCAUGAUCUUUAUGAAGCUGCACCUUUAGGGAUGCAGUGCAAUGGCUCAGAUGGCUCUCGAUUACCUGGCUCAUGGGACAAUAUCGCAGCGACAUCCGUUAGAUUACCUCUACCACCGCCAGCCAGAGAUUGCCUGGAGCUUCCGCUUCAGCAAGAGAUCUUGGAUCAAAUGUAAACAUUUUAUUUCAAAAUUUUAAUUAUUCAAUUAUUCAACAAAUAUUUCAAGGAAAUUUCAAACAAGUAAUUAAAAUUUUAGACUCUCCUUUAAAGCAUAUCAAAUCUAAUGCUACUUGCUUGAAAACUUUUUUGAAAUCUCUCCUAAACACUUAUUUUAAGCUUGGUAGUAUAUUCUUUUUAUAUAAUAUGACAAUACUCGAUUUAUACCAGAAGUUGUAUUCAUAACAAUAUUUCAUGAAAUUCUAAGAUUCUUAGGUUUCAAAGAUUUGCAAAAAUUUGCCAAUUUAAAGUACCAUAACAAUAAUUCAAUUUAAACUAUCGAAUUCGUUUUCUCUCACACAAAUGCUAUCAAGUUUAAUAUUGAUGAAAAUAUCUCAUCGAAAUAAGAUGUAGUAAAUCCAAUAAAUGCAUGACCGAAAUCAAAGUUUAUAAACCUUCAGUAUAUUUAUGCUAUGUUUUGCCAAGUUUAGUAUUGAUCGAAAACAUCUCGUUGAGAUAAGAUAUAAUAAAUCUAAUAAAUACACGAUCGAUGUAAAAGUUUAUAAACCUUCAGUAUAUUUAUGCACUUUAAGUGAUUUUUUUUUCGUUUUUUUUUUUGGCAGUACAUCGCGUCUCGCUGCGAACAAGCUAGCUCGAUCAAACUUCGUAACAAAUAGUUUACUGAUGCGAUGAUAAUUAUCUCAUAUAUGUAAUGGAGUAAUAAUAAUAUUAUUAAUAAUAAUACACAAAUAUAAUAAUCGAGGAAACUCGUUUUUACACUUUGUAUCAAUGUACAAAAUAAGGCGGACGCUCCUUAAACGCUACGACGAUAUCAAAAUUAAUCUUAUGCGGUACUUUUUUUACGGUAUAAUACAUACACGGAAGGGGAAGGUAGUAAUACACGCAUACAAACAAGCACAAACACGCACGCGAUUGCCUCUACACGCACGAGAUACAAUAGUUCCUAUAUUUCGAGCGUAAACAAUUUAAUUACUUCUUACAUACGUCUUCGUUUGUAUCGAACACUUUUUUAGUCAGACUUGUCUCUUUUUCGUUUUCUUCUCUUUUUUUGUGCUUUUUUGCAUGUUUAUAAUUAUAAUUAUUGCAAACUUCGUAGACGGUCUGGCAUAAUGCACAAUACACUAUGUGCACAAUACCGAUUUCUACUAAUUUGUACUGCCAAACCCGCGCGUUCUUUUUACUCUCUCUUUAUUGCGAUUAGAGUGUUCCAAAAAUCAUUUACAGAAUCAGUGAUAUUUUGUAAAAAAGAAAAAAGGAAAAAAUUAGAAUAUACAUAAAUCUUUUUUUUGCACAUUAUUUCUUCGAAAAAAUUAACGUUGAUGAUCAAAAUUAGAAAAAAGAAAAAUAUAUUAUAAUGAUUUUUUUACUAAUUUAAAAAUAAAUCUCCCAGAAACAAGAAAAUUUCAUUUAUCUCACUUAAACGAUUUUCGGGACACCCUAUACGCGCGCGGGAAAGGAUCUUUCUUUUUAGCGUCUUCUCUUAAGCUGCAAUUGGACGAUAAUAAAGAAACUAGUCUUGUUUGUAUAAAGAAAUUACAGUCGAAAAAUAGCGCUUUGACGGAAUAAGGAGGACUUAUUUCUUGAGACGGUCAUAUGACUUUUCGUGACAAAACUCGCAGUAUUUUACGCGAAAACUCGAACCGUUUCUCGAAUUUUUGGUUGAGAGUUUGAGCCGACAAAUGGAAUGGACGAUUAUUACGUUACAUACAUAUAAAGCAGAUUCUCAAUUUUUUGCACGCUAUGAGGAACAUCGUUCCCUGAAUUUCGCAGGAUUUCCAAGGAACAAUAGAUCACGUACAUUCUUUCUCUCUCUCUUUCCUCUGGAUACUGUGACGCUUCUGCAAGAUGAACGCUAUUAUGAAUACAUAAAAGUAUAGGACCAUAUUACUUAGAGCAACAGUUUACUUGCUGCAAAGGGCUUGUAUAAAAAGAUUUAGAUUCUCUGCUAGGAACACACGUCACGUGGAAAAUUACUUAAUUUCCUAGAGCAUUGACGCGCCAGAAAGAGAUUGCAUAUCUAGUACAUAAAUUUCAGGCUUUUAAGGUUUCGAUUUCAGACUUUAUAUAUAAGAUUUUUUAUUUUACUCUUUAAAAUUGUUUUCAAGAGACUCUUAUAUUCUUUUUAAUAAAUCUUCUUUCUCUUUAUAAAUUUGCAGGAUACUCUUAAUAUACAAAGUGUUAAUACAGCUUUUCAACCAAUUUGCUCGCUUUGGCUAAUCUAAACUAAUCCUCUUUGGUCAAUUUCUCACCUGAAAUUUCUGCACCAUACUCUUCUCUUGAAAAACUCAUCUUAGGAAGGGUCGUCAAUUUGAUCGUGCGCGAGCGGCAUCACCACGCUCGGACAAUACGAAGUAGAAAAUAUAUUAUGAACCUCAAAAG